ACAAACAUGAUGACCUGUAGAAUUUAAUAUACACGAAAAAGGAGGGGGACAGUAGUUUAAAUCUCCUCACCUUCCUUAGAGUACUUUCUACGAGAACAAGUGGCAUAGACCGUAAUUACAAACCACCUCCGAGCCCUUUUUCGCAAAAACGAUCGUAGUCCUUCAUGAUAAAUUCUCGGCCAUUAAAUUCUUCUUCUUCUGCACUGUUUGUUUACUUCAGUUCCCUGCUAAAGCUGUCUUCUUCUUUCUUGUUUUAUCAACAUUUGCAUUGCCCAAUUGUUAAAUCGUAAUGCUCUGUGUUCUGAUUGUUUUUUUUCUUCAAUCGUCACUGGGAUUUGAGCUUCAGUGUUGAUAUCAUGGUGACUCUUACGAUGAUGUAACCAUAUGAGCUCUGAUGGUGAUUCUGGCCAUGGAAGAUUCAUGAAAUUUGCGAUUCAUUGCAUCAUUAAAGAAUAGACAAUAGGGGGAGGUUAAAUAGAUUUUUCUCAAAGGUGUAUAAAAUGGAAAAAAAAGGUUUACCAAACUCUCAUAGAUUGUCUCUGGUUAGAAUGUUGAGAGGUAUAGUAUGUCUGAUGGUGUUAGUUUCAACAGCUUUUAUGAUGUUGAUAUUCUGGGGGUUCCUCUCAGCUGUAGUGUUGAGGCUUUUCAGCGUACACUAUAGCCGUAAAUGUGUUUCCUUCUUCUUUGGUUCUUGGCUCGCAUUGUGGCCCUUUCUCUUUGAGAAGAUAAAUAGAACCAAAGUUAUCUUCUCUGGCGAUAAGGUUCCUUGUGAGGAACGAGUGUUGCUCAUUGCCAAUCACCGAACAGAAGUUGAUUGGAUGUACUUCUGGGAUCUUGCACUGCGUAAAGGACAAAUUGGAAAUAUGAAAUAUGUGCUAAAGAGCAGUUUGAUGAGGUUACCUCUCUUUGGUUGGGCGUUUCACCUCUUUGAGUUUAUUCCUGUUGAGCGGAAAUGGCAAGUAGAUGAAGCAAACUUGAGGCAAAUCGUUUCGAGUUUUAAGGAUCCUCGAGACGCUUUAUGGCUUGCUCUUUUCCCCGAGGGCACAGAUUACACAGAAGCUAAAUGCGAAAGGAGUAAGAAAUUUGCAGCUGAAAAUGGCCUUCCAGUACUGAAAAACGUUCUGCUUCCCAGGACAAAGGGUUUCGUCUCUUGCUUGCAAGAAUUGAGUUGCUCACUUGAUGCAGUUUAUGAUGUGACCAUUGGUUAUAAAACUCGCUGCCCUUCUUUCUUAGACAAUGUCUAUGGUAUUGAGCCAUCAGAAGUUCACGUCCACAUUCGUCGUAUCAACCUAAACCAAAUCCCAAAUGAAGAAAAGGACAUCAAUGCUUGGUUAAUGAAUACAUUCCAGCUCAAAGACCAGCUGCUCAAUGACUUCUAUUCCAGUGGCCAUUUUCCUAACGAAGGAACAGAAAAAGAGUUCAACACAAAGAAGUACCUCAUAAACUGCUUGGCAGUGAUUGCCUUCACCACCAUCUGUACGCAUCUCACCUUCUUCUCAUCAAUGAUUUGGUUCAAGAUAUAUGUGUCGUUGGCAUGUGCCUACCUGACCACUGCUACACGUUUUAAUCUUCGUUCUGUUCCACUUGUUGAGACUGCAAAAAACACCCUCAAAUUAGUUAAUAAAUAAACUUUCAUUGUUCUCAA